GUGUGUGUGAGAGAGAGAGAGAGAGAGAGAGAGAGAGAGAGAGAGAGAUCGAUCGAUCGAUCAGCGGUGGAUUAUCAGUGGAACAAAGAUGGAGAUCUCUAACUUCUCCUUAGAGACUCUUAUUGUUCCUUAGUGUUACUUUUUUAUUUACUCCUAUGUAUUAGAUAGCAGUAGUUUUUUGUUUGUUUUUUGUUAGUUUGUUUUUUUUUGUUUGUUUUUACUAAAAACUCUACCAAAUUGUCUUAACUCACUUUCUAAACUUGUGUCCAUAUCGCAGUCUGAUCUUCUUCCUCUUUACUGUUUUAUUCAUUUUUUUAAUUAUUAUUAUUUUGAGCGUUGUUAAAAGAAAUCAUGCCGGACCAGCUGACAGUGUCUGAGUUUAUGGACAUCACCCAUGAGGAUUAUAAAGCUCCUACAACAUCGAUCUUCACCACCAGAAUGGGACAUUGUCGCAAUACAGUGGCUGGACUCGAGGAGGCUCUUGAUGCAGACCGGAGUAUUCUGAGCAAAAUGAAGAAGUCUGUCAAGGCCAUAUACAGCUCUGGUCUAACUCAUGUGGAGAAUGAAGAUCAGUACAUUCAGUCUCUGGAGAGGUUUGGGGAGGCGUGUGUGAGUAGAGACAACAUGGAUGUGGCAUCGGCAUUCCUCAAGUUUGCUGUUUUCACCAAAGAACUCACAGCACUCUUUAAGAACUUACUACAGAAUAUGAACAACAUCAUCACCUUUCCUUUAGACAGUCUGUUGAAAGGAGACCUGAAAGGAGUGAAAGGGGAUUUAAAGAAGACCUUCGAUAAAGUCUGCAAGGACUAUGAGACCAAAUUUAAUAAGAUUGAAAAAGAGAAGCGGGAGCAUGCCAAGCAGCAUGGGAUGAUAAGGACAGAGGUCAGUGGAGGAGAGAUCGCUGAGGAGAUGGAAAAAGAGAGACGAGCCUUUCAGCUCCAGAUGUGUGAGUAUCUCAUCAAAGUGAAUGAAAUCAAAAUCAGGAAGGGGGUUGACUUGGUGCAGAACCUCAUUAAAUAUUUUCAUGCCCAGUGCAAUUUCUUUCAGGAUGGGUUAAAAGUUGUCGAGAAUCUUAAACCAACCUUGGAAAAACUGUCCACGGACUUAUUAGGGGUUAAACAAGCACAAGAAGGAGAAAAGAAGCAGCUGAUUCAGCUUCGAGAUAUGCUGAAGUCUUCUAUACAAGCAGAACAAAAAGAUGACUCUCAGAACAAACAGAGCUUAGGCUACAGUCUCCACCAGCUGCAAGGUAACAAGGCUGAUGGUACAGAACUCUCUGGGAUGCUCUCCAAACGCAGCGAAGGGCUGCGGAAGGUGUGGCAGAAAAGGAAGUGCUCAGUGAAAGGUGGAUAUUUGACCAUUUGCCAUGGAACAGCGAACACACCACCAGCCAAACUCAACCUGUUAACCUGCCAAGUGAAAUGCAAUCUUGAGGAAAAGAAGAGCUUUGAUCUCAUCUCCCAUGACCGUACAUAUCAUUUUCAGGCAGAAGAUGAAUCUGAAUGUCAAAAAUGGGUGUCUGUGCUGCAGAACAGUAAAGAAGAGGCUCUGAACAAUGCAUUUAAAGGGGAGCAGGAUGAGGGCGAGAACAAUAUCGUGCAGGAGCUUAGCAAAGCCAUCGUGUGUGAAGUGAAGAGGAUGAGUGGCAACGAUGUAUGCUGUGACUGUGGAGCUCCAAAUCCAACUUGGCUGUCCACUAACCUGGGCAUUUUGAUCUGCAUCGAAUGCUCGGGUAUCCAUCGGGAAAUGGGGGUGCAUUACUCCAGAAUACAGUCUCUGACUUUAGAUGUGCUGGGAACAUCUGAACUCUUGCUGGCAAGGAAUGUGGGAAAUGCAGGCUUCAAUGACAUCAUGGAGGCAAAACUAUCAGGGGAAGAAAUAGCCAAACCCAACCCCUCUAGUGACAUGCAGAGCCGCAAAGAUUUCAUCACAGCUAAAUACAUAGAGAAGCGCUUUGCUCAGCGCAGACGUACUGAUGCGACUGCCAAACUGCGCAGUCUGUAUGAAGCUGUGAAGAGCCGUGACAUCUUCUCCCUGCUGCAGGUGUACGCAGAUGGAGUGGACCUGACCGAGACCUUCCCUAUGGCCAGUGAACACGAGCAGGGUGAGACAGCGCUACAUCUGGCCGUACGAAUAGUUGACAGAAACUCCCUCCAUAUUGUAGACUUCCUUGUCCAGAACAGUGGGAAUCUGGACAAACAAACUGUAAAAGGAAGCACAGUAGCUCAUUACUGCUGCCUGACAGACAACAGCGAGUGUCUGAAACUUUUACUGAGGAGCAAAGCCUCUGUUGCCAUGACCAAUGAAGCUGGAGAGACACCACUGGAUGUUGCCAGGAGGAUGAAGCACACACAGUGUGAGGAGCUGUUGACACAGGCACAGACUGGCAAGUUUAAUGUCCAUGUGCAUGUGGAGUAUGAGUGGUGCUUGCACAAUGAAGACCUGGAUGAGAGUGACGAUGAAAUGGAGGACAAGCCGAUCCCUCAGAAGCGAGAUGAGCGUCCUGUAAGCUGCUUUAUCCCAGGCAACACCUCGAUGCAACCCAACAUGACUGCCCUGGCCCGGGAUGUGGUCAACGCUGUCCGGGAAAAGCAGAGAAGCUUCAUCCCCAGCAUGAUGUGUAACGAGACCUACGGCACCAUGAUGGAUCUCAGUCCCCCUCCUUCUAACAUACUCACUGUCCCCAUACCACAGUUCCCUCCACGCAACCCAGUCAUGGGAAUUGCCAGCUGGAAGUCUAAGGAGACAGUUGGGAGGCAACGAUCCUCUUCAGACCCUCCCAAUCCGUCCAGCCCAGACAGCAACGUCUAUGUUCUUCCUCCUGCUCCGCCACCUCCUCCUCCUCCUCCUCCUCCUCCAGCUGUUAAGAAGCCGAAUAUCCCGGAACUAAAGAUCCAAACAAAGAAUACUCCUCUGCCCCCAUUGCCAGUCCUGCCCAAUGUUCAGAAGCCUCCUGCUCCCACUAUUCCCACUGCCCCACCACUUAUUCCAGUGCCCCCUCCUCCUCCAAUGCCUCCACCUCCAUUCAAACCAAGACCACCAACUGUACCAAUACAGCCCAGAGUCCCUACAUUCAAACCUAUCCCAGGAACUGAGAAAAAAGCUCCCAAACUGCAACCAGUUAGAUCUAGGCCGGAUGAAACAACCGAAAAAGAUUCUUCCCAGUCAGCACCGAGUUCUGUAUCACCAUCACCCCCUGCUCCACCUCCUGUCCCUAAACAUAGAGGGCCACAAACUAAAAAUAAACUUAAGCGUGUGAAAGCUAUCUACAAGUGUGUGGCUGAUAACUCAGAUGAGCUGACAUUCAGUGAGGGAGAGGUGAUCAUAGUAGAUGGAGAGGAGGACAAAGAGUGGUGGGGCACAUUGAAGGGGAUCCAACCAGAAGAGGAGCUUUCCCUGUUUCUUUUGUGCACUUCAUCAGUGACUGAUAUUAGCCAAGGUCUGAGCUGGACACUGAAACUGCUGCUGCAGUGUUUGGGAUUUUAUCUCACAUACUGCCAUGUUCCCAUUCUGAGGUUUAAUACAAUAAAGAAGGGAAUUAAUCACUUAAGCUUCCUUUUAUUGUUAGUUAUCUUGCCCAAGCAAUUUACUCCAAAGAACUGCUGGAUUUCUAUUCUGGUGUUUAAAGAUUAUUUAGUAUGUUUCAGAUUUUGGUUGUAGAGCAACCUGUAAUCUCAUGUAACUCUUCAUGUUUACUGUAAACUCUGUUACUGCACAGUCAUUAAAUAUUUUGUCAUUUUCA